AUGAAGAAAAUUGAAAUACACCUUCCCGCCGCCAUUUUGAAAGCCGCACUUGUGGGUAAACACUUGUCUCCGCACUUCUGGCUAUACUUGAUCUGCGGACUUUUCAUAACGUUGUAACAAAGGUCAUAAACUGUCCUCGGUCAACUAUCUCCAUUCCAGGGAGGGGACAUUUAUAUCUGUCAGCCUUUUAUGGGGCCAAUGACCAAGUUAAAUAAACAUAAUUUCCGAAAAUAAAAUUAAGAGAGUUUAUUUCCUUAAUAUUUUUCUUCUUUUAUGUUUAUUAUUACUUAAAUGUAUUUGAAACGAUUCAAAACAAGCUAAACACUUUCCCCACUCCCUUGGUAUUUUCCAAUACAAAUUACAUGACAUAUGUUUCGUCACAAUGAGCCACGCAAUCACCCGUGAGAGCAGAGUUCAAAAUGGGUAUGUUUUCUGUUUUCUGCGUGCUAAUAUCCUAGAAUUUUAACUUAUUUCUCAGGCGAUUGUUAUGUUAUCUACGCAGGGAGCUUCUUUUCUAGUUUAUUUUCUUCGCUGUUUGGCCAGAAAGAGUUGCGAAUUCUUAUCUUAGGGCUUGACGGAGCAGGAAAAACUACAAUUCUAUACCGGUGAGUUGCAUCGCCUACAGUAGUUCUUGCAUUUUGUGGAUUGAAGUUCGAUCUAACUCAAAUCAUUUUUGUGCCUUUCAGAUUGCAAGUGGGUGAAGUAGUUACAACGAUACCAAGUAAGAAUAAAAUAUAAGAGUAGUAUUCAAGAAUAUCAAUUUUAAGUUGGGUUAUUCAACUUUUAUUCAAAAUUUCUAGUCACUUAAUUAGUUUUCUACAAAGGUGCUAGAAAAAUUAUGAAAACUAACAAAUUUUUGGCGUCGAUUAUCGGUAACUGAUAAGCAAAUUCAAUUAAAGACUCGUGUUGAGUUAUAAAGAUCAAUGUGUUUUGGUGCAAAAAUUUAGUAAACGUUUCAGAUUUCAAUGUAUUUUGUGCUAUUGUUGGUAUGACUUAAUGGUGUUAUUUUCUUUGUUUUGCAGCAAUAGGAUUUAAUGUUGAGACAGUUACCUACAAGAAUCUUAAAUUUCAAGGUAAGGGGAAAUGCUUCAACUUUAUAUAGAGAAAUUUUAAAAGCCAAACACAGGUUAUAAACUUAAUUUAAACACAAGAGGGAACAUGACAAAAAAUAUGUAACUGUGAUGUAAAGUUAAUGUCUGAACCUGCAGCUGCAAGUGAAUCAAGGUUAAGAACAAAUUCAAAGUAGCAAUGUUUGCUAUUGAUGAAGCAACUAUCGUACAAAUUAAAGUGACCAUUACGUUGCCAUUCCGAUCAUGUUUGACAGCAUAGUCAUACAGUGGCGGCAAAGAAAUCCAUCAAAUAGUGUGCACAUUCAGAUUUUUUGUUUUGCUUAGUAGACCUAUGGCUUUUUUUUAUUUAAUUGCUUGUGUUGUCAUUGUCAUGGCUGCUCAUUUCAUUUCCCCAUGAAAAUAGAGCCUGAUCUCAGGUUAGGGGAGUGUUACCAUGCGUCUAGUGCAAAACAAUAAUUGUUUUGCACUAGACUUAUUCUUGAUAAAAAUAUGGCCAAUGAAAAGAACAUCCAUACAUACCCAUAGAGAGGCUGUAGGUUACUUGUAAGUCUCAAGGGCAGUGAGUAAAACAUUCCAAGCACAUGAUCAUUCAACUAGGGUUCUGGUGUUCCUAUGUUACAAGUUAUGGUCAAUUAACAGGCCAGGUAAAACAGUCAGUAGAGAGGAAAAUACAUGUUUGAAGGAGCCGCUCACCUCUAAGUAUGAUGUCCAUAUCCACUGGAAAUUUUUCAUCAACACUCCAGAAUCUUAUUUCAUCGGCAUGGACAAAUGUUAUAUUUACCAUCUAGGGGUGUCAAUUUUGAGACAGUAUUAUAUUAGCUGGCAUUGAUUUUUUUAAUGGUAUAUACAAUUAAGUUAAGUAACAAAAGCUCAGAGAUACGUUUAUCACAGCUGCCAACUUCUUCCUUGAAAUUAUUUUUUUUUACUCACCCCAACUCUCACUACAAAAUAUGCCUGCUUUGCAGGCUAAUAGUUUCUGAAAUGUUCAGCUCUUUACUCUUAAAGGCAAUGGGACAACUCCAGCAGAGGCACUUUUAGAUUUUAAUGCCCUAAUUUGUAUCUACUAAUUUUACCCCUAAAAGCUAUACCAAAACCACCAUCUGUUUAUAGUCCCCACGCAUAAUAAUGUGUGUACUACAUACUGUAGUAAGAAGAAAAUCAACCUCUUUGCACCAGUGAGGGUACAUUUGCCAGCAUCAUGCACAACAAGUUCAAACAGGGCAGAUGAAUGAAUGCAAAAUUGUUUUUUGACACAUGAUAUUGAUGUUUUACUGAAUGAAAUGUCUUAAAGCUGUAGAGUUUAGAUAUUGCAGAUGUAACUCUUCCCAUAACCAUUUGUAUCUUUGAUGCACUGCAAAUGAUAUUAUUUUCCUUUAUAGAAAACACUGACCUUACAAAAAGCUUACAUGUAUAUUUUUUCCUUUGUUUCAUGUGAACUGUACAGUUUGGGAUCUAGGAGGUAAGAAAGUUUUGUUCAUGUUGAUGAACAGUCGUUAAUUUUCCAUUAAAAUACAAAAUUUUUUUGAAGUCAUUUUAUGUGCUAACUGAUUUUUUUUUAUUUUGAUGUUUAAUUUCUUUCUGUCAGGGCAAACAAGCAUAAGGCAAGUCUCUUUUAUUAUAGAAUUGUUGUUUUGAACGUUUUGAAAGUCGAUGAAAUACAUUAGCUGAUUACUUUAUUUAUUUAUUUAUCUAUUUAGUUAUUUAUACAUCAGUUUCACUACUGUUACAUGCUCUCCUCUUAAAAUAAAGUCUAUUGAUUGAUUGAUUGAAUGAAAAUUCCUGGGUUGUUUUGUAAAAUCCUAGAAAAUAGAUAGCACCAUGCAAACAUUCUGUCAAAAAAGUUUCAUUUGAAUGGCAACAUCAUAGGAUUUGGGCAAAAGAAUCAAAAGUUAGAAAUACAUAUAUAGUAUAUAGUUACUAAAAUAAAUAACACCAUACAAAAUUUGUCAAAAAGGUUUAAUUUAUUUGAAUGUUAACAUCAUAGGAUUUUGUCCACAGAUUUGAAAGUAUGGGUUUAAACAAAAGUCUAGGGCAAACAUAUUUUUCUGAUUUCAUUGUAUUUUUAUCUUUGCAGACCUUACUGGAGAUGUUACUAUUCCAAUACAGAUGCUAUAAUAUAUGUGGUUGAUAGUGUGGACAAGGACAGAAUAGGCAUUUCAAAACAAGAAUUAAUUGCCAUGUUAGAGGUAUGAGCCACCUCAGUGUUAAAGGUUUUUUUUCUUCCAGGAGAUACACACAGCCAUUAAUUUUCCAGUUGGGGUCUCAGAUUAGGUCUUAAGUUUGAGUUUAUACCCCUGAAAAAUGUCUGCCUCCAAAACUUUUUGUCAGAAAGACAAACUGCUGUUUUCUACACCCUCCCCCUGCCUCUUUCUGCUUGAAAAACUGAAGGUAGUCACCUUGAGUAUAUCCUUACUGCCAACUGGAAUUUGCCACAAAGACAAAUAUCAAACAAUUUGAUGGAAUAUUGUGGAUAACCUUUACGAACCACAUGUACUCUAGGACUGAUUAAGAGCAAAAAUGUACUGUUGAUUCAACAUUUAUGAUAAAUGUUGUAUUGAUAAUGCCAAAAAACCUAAAGUUCCACCAUGCUUCUCAAAGAAGUCUGUCUUUGUUUGCAACCCCACAAGAAUCUGCUCAGAAUAAAUUUUCAUACCACACUACCUAAAGUUGCUUGUUCAACUAGACAGUAAAAUAGUAAACACGUAAAGUCACUGAUCAGAUUAAUCGUCACCUAAUUUUGUGAAGCUAGAUGUAAAAAUUGUUGGUACAUUGAUCAUAUUUUCGUCAUUUGUCUUUCACAGGAAGAUGAACUGAAAAAAGCAAUUCUAGUGGUUUUUGCCAAUAAGCAGGUAAGAGCUACUGAUUUUAAACUGUGGUCAAAAUGGAGAAUGUUCAAGCUAGUGUGCAGGAGAAAGUUUGAGGAUUUCAUUAGUGAGAUUUCUUUUUCUUAUCACCAAGGAUAUGGAAGGUGCCAUGUCAGCUUCUGAAGUAUCUAAUGCACUAGGUCUUUCUGCGCUGAAGAGCCGAACAUGGUCCAUAUUUAAAACCUCUGCAACCAAGGGAGAAGGUCUUGAUGAAGCAAUGGAAUGGUGA